GCUUACGACGAAAGAACCGCACGCAUCGAACAGCGUAUCAUCACACUCAAAGUGUAACACCGUGUGUUUUUCGUUGCGUGUGAUAUCUUCAGUCACAACAACAAUUCGCAGUUUGACUUCUACCUGGUAACCUGCUGUGGGAUAAAGCAACGCUCAUCACGAUGGCGUCGUAUCAGAUAGCGAAUCUGUUGGAGAAGAUGACGUCCAACGAUAAGGACUUUCGCUUCAUGGCCACCAACGAUCUGAUGACGGAGCUACAGAAGGACAGCAUCAAGUUGGACGAUGAGUCGGAGAAGAAAGUCGUUCGAAUGGUGCUGCGUUUGCUGGAGGACAAGAACGGUGAAGUGCAGAAUCUUGCCGUCAAAUGUCUUGGCCCACUGGUAAACAAAGUAAAGGAAAAUCAGGUGGAAACAAUAGUGGAUCUGCUGUGCGCCAACAUGGUGUCCAACAAUGAACAGUUGCGCGAUAUUUCCAGCAUAGGGCUGAAAACGGUCAUAUCGGAGCUGCCCCAAUCGUCCAAUUCGCUCGUGCCGAACGUUUGCCAGCGUAUCACCGGCAAGUUAAGUGUGGCGAUCGAAAAGGAAGAUGUGUCGGUGCAACUGGAAGCACUGGACAUAUUGUCAGAUCUGUUGUCACGCUUCGGCGACCUGCUUGUACCGUUUCACGAACUCAUUCUGAAGGCGUUGGUACCGCAGCUCGGUUCUGCUCGGCAAGCCGUUCGCAAGCGUACGAUAGUGGCCCUCUCGCACCUGUUGACCACCUGCAACAACAACGCAUACAACAAGGUGAUCGAACAUUUGCUCGAUGGUUUGGAGAAACCGCAGAAUCCGGGCACCAUCCGAACGUACAUUCAGUGUCUGGCGGCGAUUUGCCGGCAGGCCGGACAUCGGUUGUGCAACCACAUUGAGCGCGUGAUGUUCCUGCUUAAUCAGUACAGCUUGCGGGAUGACGAUGAGUUGCGCGAGUUCUGUCUACAGGCAUGUGAAGCAUUCGUGCAGCGUUGUCCGGAAGCAAUCAUACCACAUAUACCAACGAUCGUCGAUCUUUGCCUCAAGUACAUCACGUAUGAUCCAAACUACAAUUACGAGGCGGAUGAUGGUGACGGUGGUACUUCGAUGGAGAUGGAGGACGAUGAAGAAAUCGAUAGUGAAGAGUACAGCGAUGACGACGAUAUGAGCUGGAAGGUACGUCGUUCGGCUGCAAAAUGUUUGGAGUCGGUCAUCUCGACUAGACAUGAGCUGUUGGAAGAGUUCUACAAAACCCUUUCCCCGGCGCUUAUCGCACGCUUCAAAGAGCGCGAAGAAAACGUGAAGUCAGACAUAUUCCACGCGUAUAUUGCCCUGCUCAAAUCAACCCGACCCAUGGGUGAUGAUAUUGGGCAUGAUCCCGAUUCGAUGGAGCAGAUCCCUGGCCCGAUCAGUAUGCUAACGGAUCAGGUCCCUACGAUAGUGAAAGCGGUACAACCGUUAAUGCGCGAAAAAUCGGUCAAAACUCGUCAGGAUUGUUUUCUUCUGUUGCGCGAACUGUUGAACGCUUUGCCAGGAGCGCUUUCCAACCAUAUCGAUCAGCUAAUGAACGGCAUACAUUACUCGCUAAAUGACAAAAAUUCGACCUCGAACAUGAAGAUUGAUGCGCUUGGUUUUGUGUAUUGCAUGCUGGUUGGGCACAAUCCGCAGGUGUUCCACGCCCACAUACAACUGCUCGUGCCGCUUGUGGUAAAUGCCGUGUUCGAUCCGUUCUACAAAAUCGCUACCGAAGCAUUGCUCGUACUGCAGCAGCUCGUGAAGGUUAUAAGGCCGCUCGAUAUGCAGACAUCGUUCGACUUCACGCCGUACGUUAGCCAGCUGUACACGAGCACACUGCAGAAGCUCCGUUCACCGGAGGUUGAUCAGGAGGUGAAAGAGCGGGCCAUUGCCUGCAUGGGUCAGAUCAUUGCCAACAUGGGCGAUGUGCUGCAACCGGAGUUGGUCACCUGUUUGCCACUUUUCAUGGAGCGUCUGCGGAAUGAAGUGACUCGGCUGAGCUCGGUUAAAGCACUCACCAUGAUUGCUGCCUCGCCGUUGCGCGUAAACCUCAGCCCAAUCAUAGCGGAAGUGAUACCGGUGUUAGGAUCGUUCCUGCGCAAAAACCAACGAGCGCUCAAACUCAAUUCGCUCACGCUGCUAGACACGCUGGUGACGCAUUACAGCCAAUUCCUGGAUCCAUUGUUACUGCGCAGUGCCGUGGCAGAGGUACCACCACUGCUGAGCGAAUCGGAUCUGCACGUUGCGCAGCUGUCGCUCGUGUUGCUCACUUCCGUCGCCCGGCAGCAACCGGAGGCUCUAGUAGGUGUUCACGAGCAGAUUCUGCAGGAAGUAAUGACACUUGUACGAUCACCGCUACUGCAAGGAACCGCGCUGAACUGCACGUUGAAGCUGUUCCAGGCAUUGGUGCAAGCGCAGCUGCCGGGACUGAGCUACCGUCAUCUGCUUGCGAUGCUGAUGAACCCAGUGUACAAUCAGCAACAGCACGGAGGCAGUCCACUGCACAAGCAAGCGUACCAUUCGCUGGCAAAGUGCAUUGCCGCACUGACGCUGCAGGUUCCAAACGAGGCGUUAACGGUGGCAGGAGAGUUUUUGCGCGAGAUUCAAAACCGUCGCAAUGAUUCGCAUCUCAUGUUCUACCUGCUAACAAUCGGAGAAAUUGGACGACAUUUUAAUUUGCACACCAUUGAUACGCUUGCUCAGACGAUCUUGAACUGCUUCUCGGCUUCGUCAGAGGACGUAAAGGGUGCAGCGAGUCACGCGCUCGGAGCGAUCGCGGUCGGUAAUCUCAACCACUAUCUGCCCUUCAUACUGAACGAAAUCGAGGCACAACCGAAACGCCAAUACCUUCUGCUACAUUCGCUGAAGGAAGUCAUUUCAUCGCUGUCAACCAGUAAGGCCGGUCUCGAGCAGCUAUUGCCGUCAGUUCCAUCGAUUUGGACGCAGCUGUUCAAGCACUGCGAAUGCUCGGAGGAAGGCUCAAGAAACGUGGUGGCCGAAUGCUUAGGAAAACUCGUUCUGGUUAACCCGGAAGAACUGCUGCCACGGCUACAGAUGGCACUGCGAAGUGAAAGUGCCCUCAUGCGUACCGCCGUUGUAUCCGCGAUUAAGUUUACCAUCUCGGAUCAACCGCAACCGAUCGAUCCACUACUGAGGCAAUGUAUUGGUCAGUUUUUGUUUGCCCUGCAAGACCCGGAACCGUCGGUACGACGCGUAGCUCUGGUCGCAUUCAACUCGGCUGUUCACAAUAAGCCCAGUUUGGUGCGCGACCUACUGCCCGAGCUAUUGCCCCAACUGUACUCUGAGACGAAGGUGAAGAAGGAACUGAUCCGUGAGGUAGAAAUGGGCCCGUUCAAGCAUACCGUUGACGAUGGGCUAGACAUUCGGAAAGCGGCCUUCGAAUGUAUGUACACGCUGCUUGAGCAAGGACUGGAUCGUGUGGACAUUAUGCAAUUCCUCGAGCACGUUCAAGCGGGUUUGCGCGAUCAUUAUGAUAUUAAGAUGCUCACGUAUCUCAUGACUGCCAGGCUGGCCGCACUCUGUCCGAAUGCUGUGCUUCAAAAACUCGAUCAAUUUGUAGAACCACUUAGAGCUACCUGUACGCUAAAAGUGAAGGCUAACUCGGUGAAGCAGGAGUACGAAAAGCAGGAUGAAUUGAAACGAUCUGCGCUACGCGCAGUUGCAGCUCUGCUACAAAUUCCCAAGGCUGAUAAAAAUAUAUACCUGGCGGAGUUUUUAAUUCUGAUCCGCAGCUCAUCCGAGCUACAGCCUCUGCUGGAAUCGGUCCAAAAAGACUCGUCCGGACAGACUAACAACAAUAUCGAUGGUCGUGAUUCCUCGAUGGAUCAGAGCUAGGUGGAAAGGACAAAGAAACGCAAGGUGGAUGGUGAACAUAAGUAGUCAGGAUCAAGUGUAACUCACCCUGUUUGCAGCUGCACGUUGGUCGAUUAUCGUUUAUUAUCCUGUUUCCUUUCCUUUACCCAUUCGCCAUGCUUCUGGAAUUAUUUUUAGACGAUCCCAGACCCGGAUCCUCUAUAAAUUUGUAAUACAAAACACGAUCAUUUAACAACAUAUUAGGUGCUUGCAUUAAUUUUGGUCAUUUUUCCGUCAACUAUAGGGCUGUGCUCAUUGGUCUAAACCUUGGGUCUUCAAACUUUUCAGUCCACGGGCCGCAUUGGUUGAACCUACCGUAGUUGGGUUCCAUUUACACAGAGGUGGAGGCUCUCGACGGCCCGCGGGCCGCAGUUUGAAGACCCUUAGUCUAAACAAUUUGCGCUCGUUUGACGGGCGCUACAUCUCAACGUUUUGUUAACCGUAAAGUAAAGUUACAGUCUCAAUUGCGUGGUUGUUUCAUUGACUCCACGUUUUAUAAGAAGUUCUCUGUAAGUUUGUUCAGGGUGCGUGGUUGAUUCACGUCCUAUAUUCCUGCUUUUAUUUAUCGUUGACUUUGCCAUGUUGUCUUUGGAGUCAUACAUAUCUUUCUCCAAUCGGCAUAACCAAUCAAGAAAUGGUGGAACUCCAUGAACAUUCAUUUGCCAUGAUCAUCCGGUGAUUGAAGGAGAAAUCCGGUUUUUUGGUUCGGAGAAAAUUAUUUUCUGUUACACCCGAACGAGAUUUGUACUAGCAAACGGGAUAACGGUUAGAUUAAGUGUCGCACAGAUGCUCUAUAUGCGUAAUGUCCCUACAAUCAUUGUAGACAUGCACAACUGAAUAUUAGAACAAGAACUGUAACAAAAUCACUGAUCAACAUUAAUGCAGCGCCCUAAUAUAUACAGCAAAGUAAAACGAUAUAGAGGAUAAGGUUCAUAAAAUAAGCAACCGUGCCAACCGGCACACGCAUACGCAGUCGUACAGGAAAAGAGAUGCUUGAGACGUUUAAAAUACGCUGGAUUUGGUUUUUUGAUUGUACCGUUUCAAUAGUGAGGCUUAUGAUUUGAAGGAUCCGGAUGGGGUCGGAUAAGAAAGAAUGAACGAGGGCAAAACUUUUUCAAACCGAUACAGCUGCAUACGUUAUAUUUUGUUGCUUCCAAAUCGUUUUUCAUAUUUUUUCUUAUGUCAAAUGGCAAAAGAUAUACGUACGCGUCUGUGUGCGCUAUUAAACAUGUUUCGGAAUAUCCGAAACAGAACGAACUGUAACAUUACAUUGAUUGAUCGUCUGUCCCAAAUCCCGCCUUUGUUCUGGUGGUAGUGUUUUGGCAUAGUCCAACACAACCGGAACCCCGAACGUUAUCGGUUGAUACUGGAGCAGAUUACUUGCAAGAAGAAUUAAAAUGAAUAACAUGAUCGCAACACUAUGAAUAAAUAAGCAAAAUUAAUU